AUGCGCUUGACUGGCGCAAUAUCUCUUUCGCUUCUCACAUUAACUCCCCUACUGGGUUCUGCUGCAGCAUGGAGAGAAUUUUCCGACGCAGACCUCACGCAAUCCUAUUCCCUCUUCAAUGAUCGACCAUCCGGAUGUCCCGAGUGCCCGGCUUGCUUCAACUGCCAGCUCGACAACUAUAACUGCACUCAUUUUGCUGAGUGCAAUAACUUCAACGGCAAAUGCUCAUGUCCCCCCGGUUUUGGAGGCGACGACUGCUCCGUUCCCCUAUGUGGUUCGUUGGCCGACGGCUUGAACCGACCGCAGCGUGAUUCCAAUACCUGUCAAUGCAAGGAUGGUUGGAAAGGCAUCAACUGCAAUGUCUGCGACUCAGAUAAUGCCUGCAAUGCGAUGAUGCCAGAAAAUCAAGGGGGAGUUUGUCAUAAGCAAGGUGUCACGGUCAAGGAGAACUUUCAAAUGUGCGAUGUGACCAACCGUGCGAUCUUGAAACAGCUCGACGGCCGCAAGCCUCAGGUGACUUUUUCCUGCGAAGCUGAGGAUGAAACAUGUAGCUUCCAAUUUUGGGUCGACCAGAAAGAGUCAUUCUAUUGCGGCCUAGACACUUGCGAGUGGGACAUGGAAACAGACUACAGCUCCAAUACAACUCACUACAAGUGUGAGCACCUUCAGUGCAAAUGCAUCCCGGGCCGUUUCCUCUGUGGUGAGAACGGGUCCAUCGAUCUGAGCGAUUUCCUUGAUCAAAUGAUCAAGGGUCCGGCUACUUUUGAUACUAAAUCGACCUUGGAGGGUACCAAGAGCGUCUUCUCCGAGCCUCAGAUGAAUGGAUUAAUUGCGAACGUCUUCGGUGAUCCCAGCAUCUUCUUGUCAUGUGAUUCAGGAGAGUGCAUGUACAAGACUGACGAACCGGGAUACGAGCGCCCCGUGAAGAAAAUCAACACUCCACUCAUUGCCGGCGUGAUCGCAGGAAGUUCACUAUUUGUGGUUGCUGUCAUUCUGCUCGUUUGGUAUCUGUCCCGUCGUGCUGCGCGCCGCGGUUAUCUCCGCCUGUCUCUCUCGGAUGAUUCGGACGACGAAGCUGCCAAACUCCUUGCAGAAUCUCACCCCGCCGCUUUGUACUGGGAUAAUGUGUCUUACAGUAUAAAUGGAAAAGAGAUUCUCUCUGGCAUUCAAGGUGCCUCCGUACCAGGCCAGAUUACAGCCAUCAUGGGAGCAUCUGGUGCUGGGAAAACUUCAUUCCUUGAUAUCCUGGCACGGAAGAACAAGCGUGGCUCAGUGAAUGGAGAUUUCUAUGUUAACGGUGAGAAAAUUGACGACAAUGAUUUCAGAGCCAUGGUUGGCUUUGUCGAUCAAGAAGACACAAUGCUUGCCACCUUGACAGUUCAUGAGACCAUCUUGACAAGCGCCCUACUCAGACUUCCCCGGGACAUGAGCCGGGCAGCUAAAGAGCAAAAAGUCCUGGAGGUCGAAAAGCAACUUGGGAUCUACCACAUCAAAGAUCAAUUGAUUGGCUCGGAAGAAGGCAAUGGUCGUGGCAUUUCCGGUGGAGAGAAGCGCCGAGUUGGGAUUGCUUGUGAGCUGGUUACCAGCCCUAGUAUCCUCUUCCUAGAUGAACCCACCAGUGGAUUGGAUGCCUACAAUGCGUUCAACGUGGUUGAGUGUCUAGUGACGCUGGCCAAGACAUACAACCGCACUGUUGUCUUUACCAUCCACCAACCUCGCUCGAACAUCGUUGCUCUCUUUGACAGACUCAUCCUUCUUGCUGAUGGACGCACUGUCUAUUCCGGUCCUUUCUCAUCCUGUCAACAGUAUUUUGACCAUGUGGGCUAUUCCUGUCCGCCGGGAUUCAACAUUGCAGAUUACCUUGUCGAUCUUACGAUGCACGCCGGUGGCGCACAUUCAUCAUAUACAGAUGAAGUAGAAUCGUCUGCGGGUGGGCGCACUGGUCCCCCUAAGACAGCAUCAAGCAGCCUCAGGGCCGUUAAGUCAAUCACCAGCGCGACGAUUCAGAGCACUGAAGACAACUCAAGCGCAGAGGCGAGCCGGAGGCCCAAAAGCAAACGCCGGGUAUCUCUGAAACAGCAACAAGAUCGUCAACUUUACUCCCGAAAGCAACAUAAUGAGCGCCCAGUCACGCCAAAGACAGACGAUGAGAGUGCUACAUUGGAUGUAGCUGAGAAUCAUCAACAAUGGCUGCGUCUUUCUCGUCAACAAGGCAAUGUUCCUCCGCAAAUCCUUGAUGAUCCCGAUCAGCUACCUCCUCCGGCGCCUGGACAAAGUGAUCUCGACGUCCUGGUGGCUAGCUACGCGGAUUCUGACGUUUGCCAUCUUGUGCAUGAUGAGAUUUCAACAGCCGUUCAGAAUGCCCAGGCUGCGAAUGGUUCACCAAAUUCGCCCAUCUUGUCGGAUACUGUGAUACAGUCUAAGGGCUAUGCUCGAGUUGGCCUGGCGCGGCAGUUUAUCAUCCUGUCUCAGCGGACAUGGCGUAAUCUUUAUAGAAACCCGAUGCUGAUGCUCACCCAUUACGCAAUUGCCAUUCUUCUUGCAGUCUUAUCUGGAUACCUCUUCUAUGGCCUCACUGACGAUAUCAGAGGCUUCCAGAAUCGACUUGGUCUCUUCUUCUUCAUCUUGGCUCUAUUUGGUUUCAGUACUUUGACUAGUCUCAACGUGUUCUCCACGGAGCGGCUUUUGUUCGUACGUGAGCGUGCCAAUGGUUACUAUCAUCCGGUCACAUACUUUGCGUCCAAGGUUGUGUUUGAUAUCGUUCCUUUGAGGCUGAUUCCUCCCAUAAUCAUGGGCAUCAUCGUAUACCCCAUGACGGGUCUGAUUCCGGCAUGGCCUGAAUUCUUCCGCUUUUUGCUGGUUCUGGUCCUUUUCAAUCUUGCGGCAGCCAACAUUUGCCUCUUCAUCGGCAUAAUUUUCCGGGAUGGCGGAGUCGCCAAUCUUAUCGGCAGUUUGGUCAUGCUUUUCAGCUUGCUCUUCGCCGGUCUCCUGCUGAAUCACGAUGCGAUCCCAAAAUCAGCAUUGUGGUUGCAGACUCUGUCCAUCUUCCACUAUGGCUUCGAGGCCUUGAUCGUCAAUGAAGUGACUUACCUCACCCUAAUUGACCACAAGUACGGUUUGGAUAUUGAAGUUCCCGGUGCCUCUAUCUUAAGUGCAUUUGGCUUUAACACCCAGGCCUACUGGAGCGAUGUUAUCGGGCUGGCCGUCAUUUCUGGGGCCUUCAUCAUCAUCGCAUACAGUGCAAUGCAUUUCCUACUUGUGGAGAAGCGAUGA